AGAAACGAAGGGCGUACAUUGACUUUUUGAGGCACAAUGCAUCUCUCUGAAGAUCUAAAAGACACAGAUUCAAACUUUUCCGUCCUUGGCUUGGGUCCCGACUGUCUCCUGGAGCAGCUCACCGUGUGGGGCCCGGACCUGACUUUCCUCAGUGUGGAGGCUGCCAGGCGGCGGCGUCCUCUGCCUGUGGGGAUGGCUUUACAAGGAGCAUCUGCAGUGCUGGGACCCCAUGUGGCCACGGACCCAGGAGCCUCCCUGUCUGCUUUCAUGGCACGGCCCUUCCCCGCACCCACUGCCGGCGCCCCUCACCGGCCACUGUGGGGGCAGCACCCGCCGCCCCUCAUGACCCCGCCAUUCCCUCCUGGUGGCCCCCUGGUGCUGCCAGCUUUCUCCAGGACUCCGCUGGUGGCAGGAGAGGCUGGCCUCGGCCCCAAUGGGACUGGGACCUGCAAUGUCAUUGUGCAGGUCCGGUCAGAACAGGGGUGCUCAGUGACCCCCCAGACUCAGACCAUCGUCCUCACUCAGGCCCCCCUCAGCUGGAGUGCUCCAGGGGCCCUCUGUGGGGGUGCUGCGUGUCCCGCACCCCUCUUCGUGACAGCCUCUGCGGUGGAGACCAGCAUGCCUGCCUCGGCCCAUGGGGGCUCCCAGGCUGGCAAGGGAGGCUCGGCCCCAAGCCUUCCACCUCCGGCUCAGCCCCCAGCCGCGCAGCUGACCACCGUCGUGCCCCCAGUCGACGCCAGGCCACAGCCUCACGGAGCUUCCAGGAGCCGGACCACGGCCUCGCCCGAGGACUCCUGUAACCCCAAGAGUGUUUACGAGAACUUCCGGCGCUGGCAGCGCUUCAAGUCGCUGGCCCGGAGGCACCUCCCGCAGAGCCCCGACGCAGAAGCUCUCUCCUGCUUUCUCAUCCCGGUGCUGCGGUCCCUGGCGCGCCUGAAGCCCACGAUGACGCUGGAAGAGGGAGUGUGGCGGGCCGUGCAGGAGUGGCAGAGCAGAAGCAACUUUGACCGCUUGAUCUACUACGAGAUGGCGGGAAAGUUCAUGGAGUUCGAGAUGGAGGAGGAGAUGCAGAUGCAGAAGUUACAGUGGGUGAAGGUGGCCCAGGGCCUGCCUCCCCCAGCGCCCCCGAAGCCUGAACGGCGGGGGCCCCCAGCCGCGGAAGCGGGCCCGCAGCCAGCGUGCGUUCCCAGGAAGGCGGGUUCCAGGGCCCAGCCCUCCCGCCAGCAGCCACGCAGACCCCCGCGGCGCCCGGAGAGCAAGGCGCCCAAGGAGAUCCCUCCAGAGGCUGUGAGAGAGUACGUGGACAUCAUGGAGGGGCUGCUGGGGCCUGGCCACUCGGCCCCGGGGGGCCCGGCAGGUGAAUGCGGAGAGGAUGGAAAGGAGCCACAGCAGAAUGAGGCCGCGACCUACCCGGACCCGGGUCUCCUGAGCUACAUUGACGAGCUGUGUUCCCAGGAAGACUUCGUCACCAAGGUGGAGGCAGUCAUCCACCCCUGCUUCCUGGCGGAACUGCUGUCCUCGGAACCACAGCUGGACCUCCUGGCCCUGGCUGAGAAACUGGAGCAGGAGGAAGGACUCAGCCUUGCAGAGCUGGUGGAGAAACGACUGAUGGCCUUGAAUACGGAGGAGGGUGUGCAGGCACCCCCACGCCUCUGCGCAGCCCGGUCGGGCCCCACGCCUGAGCACGAGACCGGUCCCGGGAAGGGGCUGGGGGUCAGCGACAAAGCCUGCCCAGCAGACACUGACGGCCAGGACCUUCAGAGGCACGGCCGAGCACAGACACACCUGUCGGGGCCCAGAGCCUUUGCUCUCUCUCCCGGACGACAGGAGUCCCCUGCACCUCGAGCUGGACGUGUCCCCUCCCCUCCCCAGGGUCAAAGACCCUCCAAGCCCCACCUGCGCUCCACUCCCCUCGUGGCCCCGCACCAUCACACCUGCAACCACUACGGCUCCUCCCCGCGGACCCGCCCCCAGGGCCUCCCGCCCACCGCACCAGGCCCCAAGGACCACUACAGCGGGCAGCUGAAGGGGAACCCACAGGCCGCCCAGGACACCAGACCCUCGGGCCCCUGUCCCCGCGGGCCACACCUCAAGGGCGCACACAACGCGAAGCAAGAACGCCACAGACCGCGGGCCGCCACCCCUGCACGCCGGGGAGCGCGCGCCCUCAUCUUCAAGCCUACCUCACGCAAGCACGAGGCGGCCACGCACGGCCCCGCCCUCAGCCAGAGGACAGUUAGGGACCCCCGCCCCCGAGCCCGCGCAGGCGCGCUUUCUCCGGCGGGCAGCCUCAACGGACGCCGGGAGCUGUUGCAGGGGAGGGUCCGGGAGACUUUCAGCCCCGCCCCUGGGGAGGUCCAGCGCGUGGGAAGUGAGCGCUCAGGGCCCUACCAUCGCAGGCGUGCACUCCCUGGCCUCAGACGCGACCUUGCGAACGACCUGGGACAGGUGCCUCCGAAGAAGCCCGAGGGCCCCGCGGGCGGGCGGGCGGGCGGCCACCUCCGUCCCGACUGCGCGUCGGCUGCUCUUUCCCGCCUUUCUGCGCCCUCUGCGCCCGGCUGA